CAUCAUCAUUGACGAUUUCGACUCAAGCAAAGACCCCAAAGACCAAAAAACCGUCCAAAACUCUACUAACUCCACGGGAACUACACCUAGGGUUUACACCAGGUCCUAUUCGGACGCGUCCAUCAAAAAAAUUCUUGAAGAAGCCGAACACCGGAAGCACGAGUUCUGGAAACUGCUGGACGAGCACAAUGCUGUCAUCGAAAAUCUCAAAAGGAUAGAGAACCUCGAACAUAAGAUAAUUUAAAUCGAUCCAAAGUGAGGCUUAGAAGCAGCCAAAAGCUGCCCAGAUAAAUCACCGUUAAUUUUAGUCCUUCUAGUAUGUUGCUUGCUGUAUUACUACAAGUUGUCGAACAUUUAUUUACGGAAUUAGUGCCCUGUUUAUUUAUUGCUUCUUUAUUGUUUAGCCCAUAUUGGGCGCGUUGUUCCAAAUUGUAUUCCUCACAUUUUUAAACCACUGCUUCUAACUUAUUAUUAGCGUUGUUACACUCAACCCGCACCGUUUCAUUUGAUUUGGCACUAAAGUGCCCUUUGAAUUGGAUUGUAACCGGAAAAAAGCUUCGAAGAAAAUGUACAUAAAGUGUCGAUGAAAAAGACUGAAAAUUGGGGAAUGAAAAACACUAAUAAACUGAACCAAUUUUUCUUUAAUGUCACUGUUUAAGUAGAUGUAGAGUUUGUACGAAUAGGUAAUGUUAGCGGUUAAGUUGAUGGACUUUGUAGCCUCGUCACCAUUUUUAUAUAGACGAAUAAAAUUGAUUAAAACCUG